CCGAAAUCUCUGCUGAGAGUGAAGCUGUUCUUUGAGACCGAGCUCUUUUUGGAAGACUGGAGAGAAAGUCAUUGCACCAGUAUUGCACCAGUAGGGUGAGUAGAUCACGUGGAAGGUGAAUCGCUCCUUGAGGCCACACGUACAGGCGACGGACCUUAUUUUUAGCAGUUACGUUUUUUAAAGAUGCAGAUAAUUUCAUUUUUGUCUCUGCCUGGGUCCACCUCUACCUAGCUUUACCCCAAUUAAACGAAUAGAGAAUUCACGCGUCUAUGAGUAGCGAUUCCCGGUCCCGUUUUUUUACAUAGAGGUGGUUCUUGUUACUUAUAGCAAGCGCCAAGUACGACUACCCACGAGUAACCCCUCGCUACCAAGAAUGAAGUAAAAUUGAAAGUCAUCCGUUCCAAGAAGCAUUAUCGCACCGUCAAUCGGAGUGUUUUUAAGGACGAGCCCCUGCAACAAGCACCGAAAAAUACCGUGCCCGGCGCAUCAGAACAAUCGCGCAGAACGCAAGGCAGAACUGGGUGGAAAAGCGACUACACGGAGUUUAUUACUACCAGAAGACGCGACACAGUAUUUGUAUUUCCAAGAUAGCGCACUCGGGUAAGAAGUACUAAACACGCGACGAAAUCUAUCAUGGAGAAUCCAUUCGAACAGAAGGGCGGCGCCGACCCGUGGUUCCAAGGCGCGAACGCCGGGGCAACGCCGUCCUUUCCCUCACACCCCAUGGCCGCCGGGAGCAUGACCGCGCAGGCACAAAUGAUGGGAGUCACGGACGCACCAGGAGGUAGUUUUUGUCAUGCUGAUUCGAAUCAAUAUGCGCAUAAGUCUAGAAAGUUUAUUUGCAUGAUGAACUGACACUUGCCUGAGAAACAUAUCAAUUUUUGAUCCCAUUAGUUUCGCAUCACAAAUUAUCCAGGGGACGGCGAGCUGGACGUGGAAAACGAGCCGCCAAUUUUGGAGGAGCUUGGAAUCGACAUCGACGCAGUGUUUCAGAGAAUAAAGGUAAUUAUCAUGGCUUCUUUUGCGAUAGUACAAAUUUCCGCUCCUCCUCAGCUUGACUGUGUCAUGCAGCAUAUGGACGACCUGGACCUCGACCGCAGCCAGAAUCAGAAACAGAGUCAGUGUGUUGCAAACAUUUUUGUGGAAGAACUCCAUCAAACAUAUCUACAUCCAGGCCGUCGCGCUUCUCCGACCACUUCCGCAGUCUGUCGUGCUAGAAGGCGACUUAACCGGCCCGUUGCUUAUCCUCGGCGCUUUGAUGCUGGGAUUUUUAUUGCAGGGGAAAGUCCAGUUUGAGUUGCUCUACCUGCUCGCCUCCCUUUCCUCGUUCACUUCCUACCUGCUCAUAAACCUGAUGGCGCAGAAGGGGGGGAUUGACUUGUACUGCGUGAUAAGCAUGUUCGGGUACGGGCUGUUGCCAGUGGUAAUACUCAGCUUCAUCGCGGUGAUAAUAUCGCUGAAGAGCUACGCGGUGGUAGGCACUGUGUGCGCACUGAUAACGGUCUUCUGGUGCACGGCCACCAGCUCGAAAUUCGUGGAAUCCGCGAUGGACACGCAUUAUGGUAGUGUCAGGAUUGAAAUCGUCAAAGUUGAAAUAAUUUCUCAUGCAUAAAGUGCAAGGCAUGAAGCGCCUCUCUUGCAGGGAUGGCAAGUGAGGCCGACUGUCAGCCUGUUUCGGAUCUGCGAUAGAGCUGCUAAAGUAGCAUGACAAAAGACGCCUUCUUUCCCUAAACAGCAUGACAAAGUGGAUGUAGGCGAUGCCAAAAUUUGGCAUGCGCCGCUUGGAAAUUGGGCUUCCAACUGGUAUCGAUUUUAUGCAUCACAACUUUUUCAACUUUGUCAAUUUCAAUCCUGACAGUUCCAUACGCAUGAUCAGCAUUGGCUGAUCGCCUACCCAACGGGACUGCUGUACUCCCUGUUCGUCGUGGUAACGAUCUUUUAGUAGAUAGAAUUACAGUGAGGUUUUUUAUAGGGGAAGAAAGCAGUUCUUUCUGUAUCUUCCCAAACAAGAACUACAAGAAAGCGACAACAAAAAUAAAGAACACGGAGAAAUUUUUUUCCGUGAGCCGUUGAAAGCUGCGGGGAUUUCCACUUAAUACUGGUG